UGGCGAACGGCGGGCGCGAUGUAUCUCCGCAGGGCGGUCUCCAAGACCCUGGCGCUGCCUCUGCGGGCGCCCCCCGGCCCCGCGCCGUUCCGAAAAGACGCAUCUCUUCACUGGAUGUCAUCUAACAAACUUCCUGGAUCAUCUGGCUCAAAUAUGAUAUAUUAUCUGGUUGUAGGUGUCACAGUCAGUGCCGGUGGAUAUUAUACUUACAAGACAGUCAGAUCAGAGCAAGCCAAACACACGGAACAUAUGGCAAAUUUGAAAGAAAACAACAAAGCAGGGUUAUAUCCACUUCAAGCCCCUGAAGCAUCUGUGGUGGAAGCAGAGAAAGCAAGUUCAAAAGCCCCUGAAGCAUCUGUGGUGGAAGCAGAGGUAGUUGGUGCUGGAGAAUUUCCAGGGGCUACAGAUGCACUCAUAAAAGAGGUUUCAAUCUGUCCAGAAGGUGUGGACGCUGCUCUGGUGGGGAAGGCAGCAGUUGGUGCUGAAACUGGGCCAGAGGGUACAGAUGCACCCACGAGUGAAACCCCAGAAGUCAAUGCCGAAACAACCCUAGGGGUUACAAAGGCAGCUCCAUAUGAGGCUGUUGCCAGCAGUCAUGAUAAAGAUAUAACAGAGAACGAAAGUUCUGAUGAACACGCUGAACUAAAAGAAGAAAUUUCCGCAGCUGAGUCAGAAUCCUCUGCUGGGGAUGUUUUACAGGAAGAAGUCAGUGUUGAUUCUGAGGCCGCCUCAACUCAAGGCUAAUCUCAUGCUGGUAGACAUUUCAACAAAACAUGCCAUAGAGUGUCUGAGAGGUGCUUUUGUAUUUUUUGUGAUUUUAGUUUUUAACAGGGCUUCUGUUCUAGAAAACCUUAAUGUGCCUUGAAGAUUUUUGGUGUCUACUGAUAGAUUUUAGGACUGAGAGAUUUGAGAUUUUACAUGUUUUAAGAGUUUUAUACUCUCUGAUAUGAGAGUAUAAAAUUGGAGUAAUGAGCUUAAAUAGUUCCAUUUUUUAAUUUAAAUUUUAUAGGAACUGAACUAUCUAUGUAAUGCCUAUUCACUUUACUUUUGCUAUGUCUUUACCAUACUAUA